UCAAGUCAUGGAUUGGAGCAUGAGAUUUUGGCUCUUCGCUGAAAAGAAGGAAAAAACAUGUACGUGCAUGCCAAGUUCCUGGAAUAUCAUUUUCGGGAUGGGAGAUCAAAGUCAUGGAUUGGAGCGCGCGAUUUUGGAUCUUCGCAGAAAAAAAGGAAAAGACAUGCACCUGCUUGCCCACCUGGUGGAAUGUUCUCUUCGGCAUGGUUCUAGGGACGAUCUCAGUCCUGGUUUUUGCUGGUGCAAUGGCGCAAGCCGGCUUCGAAUGAACCGGGAUUCGACAAGGAAGCCUGGCGGCGUGGCUACAGCGCCGAGCGCGAAAGAGCAAGCUGCGCGCCGUCGUAUCGGCGCUCCAGUACUGGGGAACCAAUGGGUUUCCGGAAAAUUUGAAACUAUUUGUAGCGAUAAGCGCUACGGCGCUGGCAACGUUCCUGUUAUGCAGAGGAACGUACGGCCACAUUGAAUAAAGAUGAAUGAACGACCACAA